GGGACGGGCGGUUGUGGGAAUGGUCGAAAUCGUGUCACGUGACACAUGUGGCGUUUCGCAGUCCCUCUGCCGCUGUUUGACAUCCUGUUUUUUUGUGCCGCAGGCUACACUUAAUGCUUGGAGUCAACCAGGAACAAGACCGAGUCUGGUCCCUCACACACCCGCUGUUUCUGUCCUAAACUAACACCACGAUCCAUUAUGAAUAUAUUCCUGGAAACAAUCCAGGUCCUCCUGAUGUCAUUCUGGUACAAUGUGGAGUCCUUUAUCCAUCUCUUUGUGCCCCGGAAGAGAAAGAACAUAGCUGGUGAGGUGGUGCUGCUUACGGGCGCAGGUAGUGGUAUUGGUCGCCUCAUGGCUCAGGAGUUUGCGGCUCUUGGCACUGUGCUGGUUUUGUGGGAUAUUAACCAGGAUGGGAUGAAGGAAACUGCUAGACUGGCUAAACAGAGCGGUGCCAGCAGAGUUCACUACUACCUGUGUGACUGUAGUGACAGGAACGAAGUUUACAGAGUGGCUGACCAGGUGAAGCGAGAGGUGGGUGAUGUCAGCAUUCUGGUGAACAAUGCUGGCAUUGUGACAGGAAAGAAGUUCAUGGAUGCUCCAGAUUCCCUGAUUGAGAAGACAGUGGAGGUCAACACGAUGGCUCACUUCUGGACAUACAAGGCCUUCCUUCCUGCUAUGAUUGCCAACAAUCACGGACAUCUUGUCAGCAUUGCCAGUUCUGCUGGGCUCAUAGGAGUCAAUGGAUUGGCAGACUACUGUGCCAGUAAGUUUGCAGCAGUAGGUUUUGCAGAGUCUGUGGGUCUGGAGCUGCUGGCUACUGGGAAGGAUGGCAUCAAGACCACCAUUGUGUGUCCAUACUUCAUCAACACUGGGAUGUUUGAUGGAUGUCAAACUAAGUGGCCAAAGCUGCUGCCCAUCUUGAAUCCAGACUAUGUAGUGAAGAAGAUCAUCCAUGCUGUGCUCACAGACCAAGUGUACCUGCUGCUGCCCAAGACCAUGUACCUCAUCACUGCUCUCAAAAAUGUUCUUCAGUGGAAGCUCACCUUCCUCCUCAUCUCUUACCUGGGACUGUCAGUGGAAGCAGACUGUAGCACUCACCUCAGUCCGCACUAAAAAAUGCACCUACACAGUCAGAAAUCAAAACAAUACACCAACUAGAUAAAACUAGGUAAAGCACCUAUACUGUCUGGGCACUGCACUGGUGACAGUGUAUUUAGUGGUGAGAAAUGGGACAUCACACGGUAUCAUAGUCUUACUUAUUUUGUGGUUGUAAAAGGAUAAUUUUCCCUGACACCAUGCAAACCUUGUUUUGCGUAUUCUGGGCAGUUAUUUAUCACAUCUAAGGCCUAAUUUUACUUGUCUUGGCCAUCAUUCCUAUUAGUUAUGGUAGCAUUGUGCAUGGUAAGGUAAUUAGUGAGAUCUGGGGAACACAACAACGCUGUAGCCAUAAAACUGUUUGUGAAGAAGCCACAUUUAUCCACAGCACUUUAUAUAGCUGAAAGCACUUCAUAUGUAAGUACAACUGGAUAUGAGAGCUCCUAAAAUCUUUCUGCAGACAUUGAGGCUGUGCCUUAAAAUCCACUGCAGCAGGCUGUCGGCACAGUCCCAUCUGAGCUUUUGUGUAACAUUUUUCCUGAAAACAUAAUCAUGUCUCCCAAACAAAGAUGGAAACAAAGGUGUAACUUGCUUACCAUUACAUGACUAUGGCAGUCAAGUUAUAGCACUGACCAAAGUUGUGAAUGAGAGAAAUUAAUUAGAUUAUAAACCAGAGUGAUUGUUUUAAGACUUUUAAGACUAGUGGUUUUGGCCUGAGCACACUUUCAAAGGCAUCUUAUCACCAGGAUUAUUGCUCUUGGUUGAUACAUUGGGAUAAGACUCUGUAGCAGAGAGAUGACCAAACCUAUUUGUUAUAUAACCAAGUCCAUACUGAUUUUUGUACAUUUGUGACUGAAAGAAACAUGAGUGGUAUGUUAUUCUUUGUUUGUACUCAGGCAGAUUGUUUUACAAUGGAAUGAUGAUGAUUUUCUUGAGGAAAUUAAAUCUCACAUGUUCAGAGUGAAUAUCUUCCAGUGUCUUAAUAUUCAAGCACUAAAAUAACAACUUAAUUAUUGUGUGAAUCAGUUGUGUCUGCCAAUGCAAAUAUAGAAAAGUGUUUUAGAAAGAUUAUGUAUUUUGUCAUUCAUUGGAUUAAUGUAAGUUUUAUGAUUAAAAAUCAAUUUAAACUGAUCUCAUCAGCACAGGAGUGAGGCUGAAGCGGUAUCCCAGUUUAACAAAAUACAAAAUCUGGUUAUCGCAUCAUGUACAGUCGCUUAUUACUGCUAUCGAAAAAUAAAAAACUGAGUC